UCGAUCGCAAGGCAAAGCCAGGAAUGCUAGCCUAUAUAUACAUCGGAUCAGAUUCACCCUGCAAUCAUCAGAACCAGCAGAUCGAUUUCCACACACACAUACACACGGAGAGAUCUAGCUAGCUAGACGCUCUAGCUGCAUUAUUCAAAGCAACAAUUCAGAUCGGUCAGGCUUUGGAUCCAUCACCUCCUGCAAUUUAGCUUGCAAAUCGACUGCUGACAUGGCAGCAGUUAGAGCUUUCGCAGUCGCGCUGCUCGCACUCAGCUGGGCCCUGGCCGUGGCCGCGGACAACGUCACGACCAGCUCGUCGUCGUCUCCGGCGCCGCCGCCGGCCGUGUGGCAGAGGGGGCACGCGACGUUCUACGGCGGAGCGGAUGCCUCCGGGACCAUGGGUGGCGCGUGCGGGUACGGGAACCUGUACUCGCAGGGGUACGGCUCGCGCACGGCGGCGCUUAGCACGGUGCUCUUCCAAGAUGGCGCUUCCUGCGGGCAGUGCUACAAGAUCGCGUGCGACCGCAAGACGGACCCGACGUGGUGCCGGCCCGGCGUCACGGUGACCGUCACCGCCACCAACUUCUGCCCGCCCAACUGGGAGCUCCCCGACGGCGGGUGGUGCAACACGGCGCGGCCGCACUUCGACAUGGCGCAGCCGGCGUGGGAGAGGAUCGGCGCCGACACCCGCGCCGGCAUCAUCCCCGUCAUCUACCAGAGGGUCCCGUGCGCGAGGAGGGGCGGGGUGAGGUUCACCAUCAACGGCCACGACUACUUCAACCUGGUGCUCGUGACCAAUGUUGCAGGAGCUGGCUCCAUCAAAUCCAUGGAUGUCCGGAGCUCCGACGACUCGGGCGAUUGGAUGCCCAUGGCGCGCAACUGGGGCGCUAACUGGCACUCGCUGGCGUACCUAAGCGGGAAGAGGCUCUCGUUCAGGGUCACCAUCACGGAUGGCCAAACCCUCGAGUUCACAAACGUGGUGCCGCCUGGAUGGACGUUCGGCGUCACAUUUGCCAGCAACUUGCAGUUCAAAUAAGAAAUUCGUUGGGAAUCAGAUCCAUAUAAUAAUAAGUUGCUCAUGUUGUACACUAGCUACUUGCAUAUGAGACGACAUGGGAAGCGUGCUGU